AUGUUUGCAAGAUUAUCGGGAAAAGCAACAAAGAGGCCUUUGAAACAAUGUAUUAAAGCUUUUACACAGUCUCGGAAAGCUUCAGGUACUACUAGUGCUUCUCAUUCGAAUAAAAAGGUUAUCGCCGUAACGGCUACUGUAGCGGCAACGACAGCGGGUAUUGGCUAUUUUAUCUUUGCCGAUCCAAUUCAUGCAAACAUGGCCGAUGAGGGUCUCCAUCCGACAAAGUAUCCUUGGGAACACCGUAGUCCAUUCAGUACCUUUGAUCAUGCCAGCAUUCGCCGAGGAUUCCAAGUUUAUAAAGAAGUUUGUUCUGCUUGUCAUUCUCUCGAACGUAUCGCGUGGCGUCAUUUGGUGGGCGUUUCACAUACAGUUGAUGAAGCGAAAGCAAUGGCCGAAGAAAUAGAGUAUGAUGAUGGUCCAGAUGAAGAAGGAAACUUUUUCAAGAGACCAGGAAAGCUUUCUGAUUAUUUACCGAAACCAUAUCCAAAUGAUGAAGCCGCCCGUGCAAGCAAUGCUGGUGCGCUUCCACCAGAUCUCUCAUUGAUAACCAAGGCCCGUCAUGGUGGUGCUGACUAUAUAUUUUCUCUCCUAACUGGAUAUUACGAUCCACCGCCCGGUGUUGAAGUUCGUGAAGGCUUAUAUUAUAACCCAUAUUUCCCGGGUGGUGCGAUUUCCAUGGCUAGGGCUUUGUUUGACGACUUGAUUGAAUAUGAAGAUGGUACCCCUGCUACCACAUCCCAGAUGGCUAAGGAUGUAACAACGUUCCUUUCUUGGGCAGCGGAACCUGAAUUUGAUCAUCGUAAAAAAAUGGGCUUAAAGGCUGUGGUCAGUCCUGAAGUCCAGAAAGAUUGUAUUCGCACCACCAUCUAA